CGGAGGAGGAGGAGCGCUGCCGCGGAGGAGUGGCUCCUCAGAUCGCAGCGGCAGCGGCACCGGCUGCAAGAUGUGGAAGCUGUACCUCAUUCAGGAGUUUUGCGAGGUGGGUUCGCUGCGAGUGGCGCUUGAGAACCGCAUGCUGACGGGGCCGGACGGGGCGCCCAACCUGCCGCUGCUGCUGCGGCUGGCGCUGGAUGUGGUGCGCGGGCUGACGCACCUGCACAAGAAGAACAUCGUGCAUGGGGACCUCACGCCAGGCAACAUCCUGCUCAAGGCCGAGCUGUCCCGCCCCGGGGCGCACUACGUGGCCAAGCUGGCGGACUUUGGGCUGAGCGUCAAGAUGGACCCCUCCCAGACGUGCGUGGACAACAACCGCACCGGCACGCCCUUCUACGCCAGUCCCGAGGUACGGCAGCACGGCAACCUUAGUAAGGCGUCGGACCUGUACGGUAAGUGGAGGAGUGUGUGAUUUGCUGGGGACUGGCAUGUUGCGAGAGGGAUAGAGGGAAGGGAAUGAAUGUGGCAUUAAUAGCUAUUAAACCACGGAGCGCAUCCUUAUUGUGUUGGUUGCAUGCACGCACACAGUUCCACCGAUUGGGGUACUGUGUGCUAUACCAGUAACAGCACGGAGCCACAUGUGCCCCAACACGACCCAACACAUGCACAACCCUUUGCUGCGGCUUUCCAUGUCGCGCCAUGCUGCUAUCCUCCCUGCUCCCCUGCCCCAUCCUCCUCCCACCCCCUUCCUUCUCGGCUCCUCCGCAUCCCCUCCCCUCCCACCCUCCCCCCUUCCCACCCCCUCCACAGCCCUGGGAGUGGUGCUCUGGGAGAUGUGGCACGGCCGCCCCUGCUAUCAGCGCGUCCGGGGCGUCAAGCAGUUCGUACACGCCUCCGGCUUCCCCUCCUUCCCGUCGCACUGCCCGCCGCUGUACGCCGACGUGGCGGCGCGCUGCAUGCGCCGCAGCCCCGAGGAGCGGCCUCCGCUGGGGGAGGUGCAUGACCUGAUCAGGCAACUGCUGUCGGUAGCCACCGGGGGCGGCAGCGCGGCGAGCACCAUGGGGCCCAGCAGCGAUGGAGGCGCCACGUCAGGGGUGAUAUCGUACGAAUGGCCGUUUGUGGUGAAUGUAAACGCCGGAUAUAAUAGUGGGAAUAAUGGCAAUGGAGGGAAUGGGGCGAGCUAUGGGGUGGUGGGGUUGCAGCAGGAGGACAGUAUUGGGGGUACUGGGGGUACGGCAGGAGGG